GUCAAAGGUUGGGGUUCAACCAGCGCGCGUUCUGGAGGCAGGAGAAACAAGAUGGCAGAUCAACAAGACAAACUGACUUGUCUUAGUUAACGAACUUUUCCACAGUUGAUUUUCUACACAUUCAAAUAUACAGUCAGCUAGCCAAGCAAUCUAGCGCCCACGCCUCUUAAUCGUUGAUUUAUUAGCUACCCAGCUAGAUUUCCGCAGGUUAGCUGAUCGCCAACUGCCGUUAAGACUGCUAGCUAAGCUAAGCUAGGCUAGCUAGCUUGUUUCUGUCUGGUCGGAGCGUAGUGAGACCGCCAACAUGCAGGACCUGAUAGCCACCGUGGACCACAUCAAGUUCGACCUAGAGAUAGCUGUGGAGCAGCAACUGGGGGCGCAGCCUCUCCCCUUCCCCGGGAUGGACAAGUCCGGGGCUGCAGUGUGUGAGUUCUUCAUGAGAGCAGCCUGUCUCAAAGGUGGGAUGUGUCCGUUCCGUCACAUCAGUGGGGAGAAGACGGUGGUGUGUAAACACUGGCUCAGAGGACUCUGUAAGAAGGGAGACCAGUGUGAGUUUCUCCACGAGUACGACAUGACCAAGAUGCCGGAGUGUUACUUCUACUCCAAGUUCGGAGAGUGCAGUAACAAGGAGUGUCCGUUCCUCCACAUCGACCCAGAGUCUAAGAUCAAAGACUGCCCCUGGUAUGACAGAGGCUUCUGCAAACAUGGUCCAGACUGCAGACAUCGCCACACCAGGAGAGUGAUCUGUGUGAACUACUUGGUUGGUUUUUGUCCAGAGGGCCGCGCCUGUAAAUUCAUGCA